UUACCCUCAGUGCCGCUAUAUUUUACGCUCAGAAUAAUUAAUGAUCAAUCAAACGCGGUCAGUCGCCCCGCGAGAAGCUCUGCUGCAACCAACUCUCCGAUUUCCAGCGAGAUUUGUCUCGCGACGCACGUUGCGAGCAUACACCGCGUCCGUGUCGAUGUUUCAUAAAUCGGCGACGGAGAGAUUCGUUUCCUAUUACCGCGAUCAUGACGAACACCAACACGGUGUGCUUCUCGAUAAAGUUCGUUCUCCGCAUCUUCGGCAUCUGGCCAGACGCGUCGUGCGUCGUCCUGCGCAGGUUGUUCUGGUCCGCGUUGCUGAUCGUCACGCAGGUCUUUCAGUACACCUACUUUGUACUGCACUUUCACACUGACGACCUGUCGGAUCUCAUGGACAACCUCAGCUGUUCCUUGGCCUACACCUUGCUGUUCAUCAAACUGAUCAUCUUCUGGAUCAAUCAACGGAAGUUCGACGAGAUCCUGACGAUGAUCGCCACCGACUGGAAGGAAUGCGCGAACGAUCCGGUCGGCAUGCACAUAACGACUAGCACAGCCACGAUGUCGUAUCGCGUCGCCAAUGCGAUCAUCGGCUUCCACAUGGUCGCUGUGGUGACUUAUAGCUUCGGCGUGCUCUUGUCCGACGAGAACGGGGACUUUAAUGUGUCGGUCGUGCCCGCACGAGCCCUCAUUAUAAAGAUGGAACUGCCCUUUGACAGCAACAGCUCGCCCAUCUAUGAGCUCGUGAUGGUCGUGCAAUUCUUUCAGCUGAUGUCGAACGCGUGCGCGAUCGACGUGCUGAAUGCUUUACUCUUGACGUUGAUACUUCACGUGGGUGGUCAGAUUGAUAUCUUGCGAGAAUGGUUAACGAAAGUUUUCUCCAAAGGCAGCAUGUAUGAAACGACUAAAGUUACGAUGAAGAGCGUCAUUGGGAAACAUCAAAAGAUCAUCAUGUUCUCGGAAAAUGUCGAGAGUCUCUAUUCUUACAUCGCGCUGAUGCAAUUUGUGUCGAACACCAUGAUUAUUUGUUCCAUAGGCUUCGUCAUCGCUUCUUCGUUGAGCAGUCCAGACGUUUCCACGAUAUUGGUGAAGACCCUGUUGUUUUACAUCGUGAUGAAUCUCGAGGCGUUCAUCUUCUGCUUCGCCGGGGAAUACCUGAGCACUAAGGUCAGCAGUCUGAAUAUCGGGGACGCGGCUUACGGGUCCCUUUGGUAUGACAUGCGCGUAAACGAGAGCCGAGUGAUAACGUUCUUGAUACUGAGGUCCCAGAGGCGAUUAACGAUCACGAUUGGAAAGGUCAUGGAUCUCUCGCUGAGACGUUUCGCUAGCAUCGUAAAGGCGUCGGCGUCCUACGUGUCGGUGCUGCUGGCAAUGUCCUGAAAGAAAGAGAGAAAGAUCGAUCACGAUUAAUUGCAAGAAACCAAGCGUUGCGAACAUCUAGCAGCAAACGAUUAGUCGCGAGAAACCAUGAAUGAUCUUCAGAAGCCAAUCGC